AUGGCUACCAAAGGAAGAAGAAUGAGAGUACUUCCUCUUCUUCUUGUCUAUUUGUCAAGCUGCAUUUUGUUCUUUAACAUCAGCCCUGCAUACUCGGAGACGGACACAAUCUACUUGGGUCAACCUCUCAGAGAUUGGGAACAGCUGAUUUCAGAAAACCAGGUCUUCAAGUUGCAAUUCUUCAACCCUAGGAGAACUUCAAGGAGCCGCUAUGUAGGCAUAUUUUACAACAAGGGGCAAAGAACCGAGAAGGCCGUGUGGAUGGCAAACCGAGACAACCCUAUCCCCGAUGCAUCUGGGAACCUGAUCAUCGACGUUGAUGGCCGUUUGAAAAUUUCAUACAAUGGGGGCCGCAAUGCCAUUGUAUUUAAUUCUCUUUCGGCAACAAAAAAUACAAGUGCUACACUGCUAGAUUCAGGCAAUUUUGUAUUCAGAGAACUCGAUUCAAAUGGAUCUGUAGCGCGGGUUUUGUGGGAAAGCUUUGAUUAUCCUACCAACACGCUUCUACCAGGAAUGAAACUUGGUAUCAACAUCAAAACUGGGCAUAAAUGGUCGCUAACUUCUUGGAGACGUGAUGAGGUACCUGCCUCAGGGUUUUUUAACUUUGGUGUAGAUCCCAAUGGUACGGGACAACUUGUAAUCUGGCGGCUAGGGAAUGUCUACUGGACUAGUGGGCUAUGGAGCAACGGGAGCUUUGACAAUGUCCGCCAAUUGUCCUACGAAGACUACUACAACUUCAGCUAUGUCUCCAAUGAGAAUGAGAAAUACCUCAACUACUCGGUGAAUGAAAGCAAUACUUCACCAAUGUUCUACAUAGGACCAGAUGGUCAAAUGAGAGGCGAAGAAGGGAUAGCAUCUAUUGGUGGGUGUCAUUUGCGUAACCAUCUUGGGUGCAAAAUGACCGGGAACUCGCCAGAGUGCAGGAAACCAAACUACUUUUUUCAAGCACAAGCAAAAAGCAUAGAUGGUGAUGGAUUCAAGUACGAUGAAAGCUACAACUUGAGUGAUUCUGAUUGCAAGGAAAUAUGCUGGAACAAUUGCUCUUGUGUUGCCUAUGGUACUAUCAACGGAACCGGAUGUGAGAUUUGGAUUCAAGGAAUGAGUUUCGUAGAACAUUGGGGCACUUCCCACACGCAGUUUUAUUUUCUUGUCACAUUUAGUGUUUCGAAAAGAGGUUAG